GCACAACAACAACAACAGCACAGGCGGGAACUGGCGCCAUCUUGUGUCUUCAACAGGAAACGACGGACAGAUGUGGAGCCUCUGAAUCAAUAACACGAAGUUUUAAAAAUGUGAAAACAGAGAAAAGUGACGUGAAGCUGAAACCACCGUCGCCGGGGUCCGCUGGCUCCGAGGCCCCGGUUACCGAUCAUCGAUCUGGCGGCGAGAGAGUGAAAGCGAAAGUAAAACUCGGAACAGUUCGUCAGCAGGAGCUCAGAGAGAGAAGACACGAGAUCUUCGUCUGAACACCAAACUGCAGGAUCAGACUCUCCUCCUGCACUCCGACCCUCCACCAAAGGAAAAUGGAUGAAGUGGCAGCCUGUGGAUUUUUCAGUCUAAUUUUCGACGCGGUGCUGAGUUUGUCUCUGUGGGCCGUACUGGUGCUGCUGCAGCUCCCCAGCUGUAGUGGACUGGCGGGUGUGUGGACGUUUGGAGUGGUGAAGUGGGUUUUUCUCCACAUCUUCACCUCCAUACUGACUGAUGGGAAGCCCCAGGCUGUGCUCUGCAGGUUCGUGGCACUCCUCUGCCUUCUCUCCCCCGUGUUUGAAAGUGGACGGUUUCUCCUGGGCUCUGAGGCUUACGUGGGACCGUCCCCUCACCUCAGCACGCUGCUCCUGGGCUCCAUGUCCUCGACACUGGCUUGUGUCUUUUGGGAAAACCUUGUCUGCGGCGAUGGAAAGAAAAGAGACGCCAACACAGGGAAUUCUCGACAGCUGCUCAGGAGGCUGGUGACGUAUUUCAGACCAGACACCCUUUACCUGAUUGCUGCUUUCAGUUUCCUCAUCUUCGGAGUGCUCUGUGACUCUCUCAUCCCACUGUAUCAGGGGAAGGUCAUCGAUAUGCUGAGAGGUCAGAUGCCUCAAACCAGCUUCUGUUAUUCAAUUGGACAGCUGGCUCUCCUCUCUCUUGGAAGUGCAUUGUUCUCUGGCUUGAGAGGAGGCAUAUUCAUGUGCACCCUGGUCAGACUGAACAAGAGACUGAAGCAUCUGCUGUUCCACAAGCUCCUGCAGCAGGACGUGCACUUCUUCGACGAGAACAAACCUGGACAUCUCUCCUCCCGCUUGCACUCUGAUGUCGACAGGAUGGGCCGCACGGUGGCACUGAACGCCAACAUGCUGAUUCGCAGCACAGUGAAAACCUGCCUCAUGCUCAAAGUGAUGUUGAAUCUGUCCUGGGAGCUCACCGUGCUCACCUGCAUCGAGAUGCCACUCCUGGCCUUAGUGCAGCACAAAUACACGACUUUGUCCAAGGAGCUGAAAGAUCAGAUUCAGGACUGUCACGCUCAGAACAAAGAGCUGGCGUCCCAGACGAUCGGCGGGAUCCGUACAGUCCGCAGCUUUAAAGCCGAGAGAGACGAAGUGAGGAGGUACAACGAGGCUCUGGACCAGAUGCGCAUGAUCAAGAGACGUUCAGGAAUCUACAGCGCGGUCUUCCUCCUAAUACGGAGGGUUGAACAGCUGCCAAACCUGCUUCAAUCCAAUCUGCACUUUAACCUUUAUCACUUCACACAUCACUGA